AAGGGCUUGGACUGUUGGCCAUUGGGGUGUGUCUCAAUGUUGGUACGGCUCUACCUUCCGGUUCUAUAACCUGUCCUUUAGCUUAGCAUGACUGUUAGGUCAACUGUCCUACCUCUCUGCUGCAGGGGGCAAGGACUGGAUGCAGGGGAAGGAAGCGAGUCAACACUUUUGAGGUGUAUUCCGUGUAUAUGACCAGGAAAGUGAACUUGGUCUGACAUAGAAGGUGUUGAUGCUGGUGUUCGGCAAGAGAGCAUCAGGUCUAAGUCUCCUCCAGGUGGACGUUGUCUAGAGAUCUUCAUCCCAAAGUCAGCCCCAUUUUGAAGUUCCCCCCCACAGCCCUCGCUCCUUGCUGUGGCUAGCAUGGACCUCCAGACUGACUCUCCUCUCCAGUCCCUUCUCCUACUUCCAGUGCACCUCCUCGUGUGGCUCUACUCGGUGAUCUUGUUCCUGCCCUGGUACGUCCUAUCAGGCGCAGCCCAGAGGAAGGCCAGGGUGGGCGCGGUCAAGGCCCGCUCCACCACGGGCUGUGCCCAGGGGCCGUACCGUACCGUUGAUAGCUUCCAGACCCUGGUUAGGGAGGACUUCCCUGGGAAGGACACGCUGGAUAAGCUGUUUGAUAGGGCAGUGCAGCUGUUUGGUCAGGCGGACUGCCUGGGCAUCCGAGAGGUCCUGAAGCACGAGAAUGAGACUCAACCUAGUGGGAAGGUGUUCAAAAAGCUCAUUCUUGGAGAGUACAGCUGGCUCUCCUACCAGGAAGUGGAAUCCAGGGUGGCUCAUUUUGGCAGCGGGCUGGCAGCGUUAGGUCUGGAGCCCAGGAGCACCGUGGCCAUCUUCUGUGAGACCCGAGCGGAGUGGAUGAUAGCCGCCCAGGCCUGCUUCAGACACAACUUCCCUUUGGUGACGUUCUACGCCUCCCUGGGAGAGGAGGCGGUGGCGUUUGGCCUGAAUGAGACCCGGGUCACUCACCUCAUAACCAGCAUGGAACUUCUGGAGACUAAACUAAAGGGCAUGCUCCCUCAGAUCCCCGGGCUGGAGCAUGUGAUCUGUGUGGACCAGGCGAAGCUCAGCGCGGAGGGCUACCCGCCUGGACUGGCCCUCCGCAGCAUGCACGCCGUGGAGCAGCUGGGGGCGCAGCCCGACAACCUGAGCAGGGAGGUGGUGAAGCCCGAGCCCUCAGACCUGGCUGUGGUGAUGUACACCAGCGGCUCCACCGGCCGGCCCAAAGGAGUCAUGAUCAUCCACAGCAACCUGAUCGCUGGCAUGACAGGCCAGUGCGAUCGUAUACCUGGACUGGGACCUAAAGACACGUACAUAGCCUACCUGCCCCUGGCUCACGUGCUGGAGCUGACUGCAGAGAUCUCGUGCGUGGCGUACGGAUGUCGGAUCGGGUACUCCUCCCCGCAGACCCUGUCUGACCAGGUAAUGAACACCAGCAGAGUGUGUCCGGGAGGCGGAGCUGACCCCUGCAAAGUGGAGUCCUCUCUGAAGACAUGCCCGCUCGUCGACAACAUCUGUGCCUUCGCCAACAGUGAUCAGAACUAUGUGAUCAGCUUAGUGGUGCCUAACCAGAAGAGUCUGACGGACCUGGCCAGGCGGAGGGGUGUGGAGGGGAGCUGGGAGGAGCUGUGUACACACCCUGACAUGGAGAGAGAAGUCCUGAAGGAGAUUCGUCAGGUCGCCACUUCCAUCAAGCUGCAGAGGUUUGAGAUUCCCAUGAAGGUCCACCUGAGUCCAGAGCCGUGGACCCCAGAGACAGGCCUGGUCACAGACGCCUUCAAGCUGAAGAGGAAGGAGCUGAAGAACCACUAUCUCCACCACAUAGAGAGAAUGUACGGGGGGAAAUGAGGAGCAUGCCAGCCUAACGCAUGACUCACCAUCAUUUGUUUUGUGUGCACAUGUACACGUUUCAAUCUUCACUGCACGCCUUGUAUAUUUAAAUAGGAUCACCGCCCGAACAUGAAGGUCCCUCAUUUGCUGGAGACUUGAAACUUGCUUUAAUCUAAGUUUACUUGGAAUGCUGCGAAGUAUGAUAUGGAUCUCUUAAAACCUUCCAUGCGGAGAUCCUAAUCAUUGACGGUUUUGUAAACUUAUGUUUUUGUUCUCCUGAUAUGAAGGGUAAUUCCAGCUCUGUGCUGCCCUUCACUCUGUGUUUCUGUACAGUCUGCCCUUGCUAGUAGGUUGGAAGUGUGUUGUUGAAAAUGACAUAUCCUUGGAGCCUGAUAAGAGAUGCAGUAGUCCUCAACUUUCAGGGACGUCAAGUGGAACCUUCAACGUUCCAUGAAAGUUUUAGAAACACACACACCGGCCAACCUCAUGUAACUUUAUUGUAUUUUGAAAUAUUUUCUGCCUCUGCUUAGUUAAUCUUUUCCAAUUGUUUGCCGCCUGUCGUUGUCGUGCGUGGGUGGGUGGUGGCACAAGACCAACUGAGCUGGAGGUGUGUGCUGCCCCCUGUUGGUAGAACAGGAGUGGGGACGUUACUGUGCCUUCCAAUAUCCUCACUCAGACUGCAGUACACAUGUAUCUGUGUGAAGUUUAGAUAGGGUUUGACUGGUGAAAGGACGGAAGGAUUUGAAGUAGUGUAGCAUUUAAGAAGUGUUUUCUUUUUAUUCAUGCAUGGCCUGUUAAUCAGCUGGUCCACUAUCAUGCUGGUAAAGUGCUAAGAACAAACAGACCUUCAGACCUUGGAAAAAAACAGGCAGGAUGCAUUGUCAACACUUUCCAGCCUAUUUAGCACUACAACUGAAGAACCAUAUAUCUGCAUAAAUAAGCCACAACACCAAAUUGCACUAUUUUGUUCUGGCCAGCCAUGAUAUUAUUGCUUAUGUGUGUAUUGUUUUUAAAAUCCUAAAUGACUCAGGAAGACUAUAUUUAAUAUAUUUAAUUGGCAAUGAGUAUCUGUAUAGGAUAUUUCUAGACUUAUUUAUGUGCAUAUUUGUGCAUUUUUGUAUCUAGACUUUAUGUGCAUCUAAAAUUGUUCCAGCACAAAAAAAGGCAUACUACUACUUGGUAUCCUACUCAAGAAGUUACAAGGAAAACUGCUACUGUGAAACAGUCUUAUCAGUUAGAUGUGCAAUUUUGACCCCAAAGAUUUUUAGUUCUUAUUGUGAAUGUCGUUUUCCCACUUGUGUGGGUCAAAAGACAGGUAUGUAAAUGUAUACCCUCAAAGUACAGUGUAUAUUCUUCACUGAGCAUUUCCUGUUUUCCAUAAUUUGUCAAAGGGUUACAUUGUGAUGAAUAAAUGUUUUUUUUUUUUAUUAUA